AUGGAUAACUCCCACGAUGAGCACUCCCGCCCCAUUCUCUCGGGGUAUGGUGACAUUCCUGCCGACACGCCGUCCCAGCCCAGCGCCACAGCAACUUCCACGCCAUCCAUCCCUCCCGAAAAAGACGAGGAACGCGGAGUCAACCAAAUGCUCCAAACGCCCUGGGACCGUGUUUAUACGGUCAGCCACAACGGAAAGACGUACAAAACACCGGUCACGCUCGGAAGCACGCCUGUCGACAAGAUCGAUGAGACUGGGCCGUACUGGGAAUCCUCAUGGCUGUCUCUCGAUAAAUUUCUUGCGCAAGAGUCCACCGAAGAGGAUCUGAAGAAGGACUUUUACGAGCGACGUCGUCGAAACCCGUCCGACAUAUCGUUGGUGUCAACGUACAAGUUUCACCAGGACAAUGUCAGCAAACAUCGGAAGAUUCGCGAGAUAUUUGGUGCUGGCUCUUCCUACCAUCCCAACCAGCUGGUUUCAAAGCAUCAUCUGCCCUCCGACGGCCUCUGUCACAAAGAGGUCAUGUACAAGUUGGCAUGCAAAGUGUCCGAUCUUCGUGUUCUCCAUCAGCGGGGCGAGCUGUCCAUGGACCCUUGGGACUUCCUGCGCUGGAGGAUAGGGCGAAAGGCCCAGUCUCUGGUCGGAACGACUUGGGAGAGCACCAGGGGGGUCAUCAAGACAGUCAUCACCAGGAUUUGCGACGACAGUGGUGAAAAGCAGGGUGAGAAGUACGAGGAUCGACUUUUGAGGAAGGCUGUGCUUCGGUCGGCCCAAUACCAGAACAAACUGGGCACCUACGGCUCGAAAAACACCACGAAGCCUGUUGCAAGCAUCCGGAAAACAACUCAUCGCCGACCAUCGAGCAGCACCCGAGCGUCCCGUCCCGCAAGCACACCCGAACCAUUCAAUCGGCCUUUCCCAUCUUUACCAUCUUUGACUGCUGCCGCCCGUGAGAGACAGGAACGACGACAAAGGUUGAUCCAACCUUCUGGAUACCAGGGCGUCAACGCAUUCAGAGCACAGCAACGCGCUCGAUCCCGAGAGUUGCAGUCUAAAACCACUGAAGAACAGUAG